AAUUGCCGUAUUUGCCCCGUUUUUGUCUCAGAAUGUCGCUAAGGGAUCCGGAGAGAUAUGAAGAAGAUGAGUGUCCUAGCCAAGCCGGCUCUUUGGGAAGUCUGUACGCAGACCAUGAAAUAGACGAGGAUCAUCCUAGCGAAGCCGGCUCUUUGGGAAGUCUGUACGCAGACCAUGAAAUAGACGAGGAUCUGGUGAUUGGCCCCGUGGAAAUAUGGAAGCCGAAAGUAAUGUUAAAAUUUAUUGGUACUAAAACUAAACCCGAGGAACCUGUAAAAACAGUUGAAAAGGUAACCAAAUCACCAUAUACAUGUGAAAUGUGUAAAAUUGGAAACAUCAAGCAUUAUAGCUGCGCUCUGUGUGAAAAACUAAUUUUCGCCAGAGUUGGUAUGAUUGGACACUUGCGAAAACACAGUGGACCAAAAAACAUAUGCAAAUUAUGCGAUAAAGAGUUCAAAUUUGCAUCUGGCUUAAAACAACACAUGAUAGCACAUUCUAACGAUCUACGAAAACCUAAAAGACCAAAUCACUUAUCCAAAUUAUCCAAUAAAGAGUUCAAAUAUGCACCUGGCUUAGAACAACACAUGAUAGCACAUUCUAACGAUCUACGAAAACCUAAAAGACCAAAUCACUCAUGCAAAUUAUGCGAUAAAGAGUUCAAACAUGCAUUUGGUGUAGAAGAACACAUGUUAACACAUUCUAACGAUCUACCAAAACCUAAAAGACCAAAUCACUUAUGCAAAUUAUGCGAUAAAGAGUUCAAAUAUGCAUCUGGCUUAGAACAACACACGAUAACACAUUCUAACGAUCUACGAAAACCUAAACGACUAAAUCACUUAUGCAAAUUAUGCAAUAAAGGGUUUAAAUUUGCAUUGGGCUUAGAACGACACAUGAUAACACAUUCUAACGAUCGUCCUUUUUCUUGCAAAAUCUGUAAGAAAAGAUACAAAAGAGAAAGGACAUUAAUUGCACAUAAGUAUACGCAUGAGAAUAAAAAACCAUACAAGUGUGAACACUGCACAAAGAGCUUUACUUUUAAAGGCCAGUUGCAGGCACAUUCAAGAUUACACACUGGGGAAAAACCAUACAAGUGCGAGCUAUGUUCUAAAGAGUUUACACAGCAGACAUCUUUGAAUAAUCAUGUUCUGAAACACAAAGGCAUUAAACCUUACUGUUGUGAGUUCUGUCAGGAGCAGUUCAGACAGGUUAGCAAUUUGAAUAAGCAUCUAGAAACUAAACAUUCAGAUGAAAAGACGGAUAUUCAUGUUCCAAAAGAAAAGGAGAUGAAACAUGGAAAUACGAAAGUUCAGGAAAAGAAAGAGAAGGAAAACAUUGUUUUAAGUAUUUUUUUCUAAAUACACUUUGUUAUAUAGAGUUUUAUAACAUCCAAACAAUCUCACGUAUAUUGUUUAAUAUUUAGGUUUAUUUUAGGUACUUAGUCGGUUAAAAUUCGUAAACU